AACACACUUAAGUAGCGAUCCUCCUCAUAGUCGCGUAUAUGUAGGUGCACUUAUACUCUUUCUUCGCGAUUUCUCUCGAAUCCUCAGUUUCUCCCAACGAGCGUAUCCGCGAGCGCGACGACGACGCAACAUCGCGGGAAUGACGUGAGUUUUUCCACACAUCAGCCGUGAAAAAUCCGAGACAACGCAUUUAUACACCCAAUAACCAACGAGAGAGUAAGACACGGCAUAGAUCUUAUUGUAUUCAACGUUGGAGAAGCCAUAAGUGGAAGUUGUAAGAGCUAACGACGAAGCCGCUGACUGAUCAACGGCGACACGAAGACGAGAGAGGAGAGACUACUCGCCGAGAGGGGGAUCAGAGAGUGACUGGGCGAAAUUCGGGGUGGAAUGGCCGGCGCGAUGUUGUUCGAGCGGGCGCAGGCGGUAUCCAUGACGAACCAUAGCGAGGGUAUCAACCUCCUGAACGAGAUCGUCUCCGACCCGAACAUCGGCAUAGCUGAAGACGAUGAAGAGAGCAUCAGGGUCAAGGAGCAGGGCAUACUCCAACUGGGUGAGCUCUACAAGAAAGAGGGCAAGGCCAAGGAGCUGGCCGACCUGAUCAAAGCCACCAGGCCCUUCCUCAGCCUCAUCAGCAAGGCUAAGGCAGCCAAGCUUGUCAGAUCCCUCGUCGAUUUCUUUCUGGAUCUCGAGGCUGGCAUAGGCAUUGAGGUACAACUUUGCAAAGAAUGUAUAGAAUGGGCAAAAGAAGAGCGUCGUACCUUUUUGCGACAAAGCCUGGAGGCAAGACUGAUUGCGCUAUACUUCGACACUGGCAUGUUUGCAGAAGCGCUUCAACUUGGUUCUGCACUGCUGAAGGAGCUCAAAAAAUUAGAUGAUAAACAACUUUUGGUUGAGGUGCAAUUACUUGAAAGUAAGACUUAUCAUGCCCUGAGCAAUCUCGCUAAGGCAAGAGCUGCAUUAACAAGUGCUAGAACUACAGCAAACGCCAUUUACUGUCCACCCAAAAUGCAAGCUGCUCUAGACUUAAUGUCCGGUAUCCUACAUGCUGCUGAUGAACGAGACUUCAAGACUGCCUAUUCCUAUUUUUAUGAAGCUUUUGAAGGUUAUGACAGCGUGGAAUGCCCUAAAGCUCUGACAGCAUUGAAGUACAUGUUACUUUCAAAGAUUAUGCUUCGCGCACCCGAAGACGUUCAAACGAUCAUGUCGGGUAAACUUGCUGUGAAAUACGCUGGACGUGAUUUGGAUGCAAUGAAAGCUGUAGCUGAAGCAAGUCAUCGUCGUUCUCUUGCCGACUUUGAAACUGCUGUGAAACAAUACCGUCAGGAGCUGAAAGAAGACGUUAUUGUGCGUGCUCAUCUCGAUUCGCUUUACGACACAAUGCUGGAGCAAAAUCUUUGUCGAAUUGUCGAACCUUAUUCUCGCGUACAGGUCAGUCACAUAGCGUCCUGCAUAUCUCUUUCAAUUUCGCAAGUAGAGAAGAAACUGUCGCAAAUGAUUCUGGACAAGAAACUGCGUGGCGUUCUUGAUCAAGGUGAGGGAGUUCUGAUUGUCUUCGAAGACACGCCAAGAGACAAAACCUACGAAAUAGCAUUGGAAACAGUACACAGUAUGGGAAAGGUUGUGGACACGCUUUACCAGAAAGCCAAGAAGCUUACCUAGCCUUAUUUAACUGAAAUUUGUACAAUUAACAACCUAUUAUAAUUACGAUUAUUACUAUUAACGAUUAGCUCCGUAUUAAAUACCGUCAAUGAAUUGCACUCUUUUCUUAUUUUGUAUUGGCGAAGUUUGCAAUUUACUUUUACCAUUUUCAACGGUUUGCCAGUUUCUGUACUUAAUCGUUGGAGAAGCAAAGUCACACACCAAAUUUCUUUACAAAAAAGAACCCGGAGAAAAUUGUAGUAAAACCAUUGUUUUUUGAUGAUAUUUUUCGCUUUUUGAAAUUUGAUAAACAAUUUAAAUAAAUAAUCGAGUAAAACGCAACGAUUUAUUUGUUAUCAACUUUCAUGAUGCUUUUCGUGGGCAUUCAAACCGAAAACUGUUUCUGUUUUCAGAGUUAUUUACAGUUUUAUUUCUGUAUGGGAGUUGCCGUUUUGAGUCGAUAAAACCUUUACUUCAUAGAUGAAGAUGACAAUUUGCUCGUCUGAAUCUAAAAUUUUACACAUUUUUAUUUAAAGCAAAAAAUUUUUUUUAAUUUAAACUUCUCAAAACGACGAAUAGAAAAAUUUGCUCUCAAUGUGUUCUGAACAUUUUAAAAUGAGUAUCUUUCUUGACAAAUGCCAUUAUUGUUGAAAAGAGAGCUUUCUAAUUUAAAAAGUCCAAAAUGUUUUUAAAUAAAAAGUGAGGGAAAUAAUAAAAUUAUAAAAGAUAUACAAUGAAAUAAAAAAAGUUAUGGUGCUUGCAA